CCUAAGCAGUCUAGUGCUGGCAGGAUUACUGAACUGCAGGGCACUAACAGCAGUAGGCAGAAAGGGGUCAGACAAGCCUUGGAGAAGGCAAGGUCUGGAGCUCUGAGCCCAGGUCAGAAGUAGGGCAAGGUUAACCGGCCUGAGGGAAGGCUGCAGUUGAACAGGAAAACAGGUGGCAAGAGUCCUGGCCCCUCGACAGGACAAGAGACACCUUGAAGCAAUCGAGUGCUUUAGUGUUGGUGACAGAAAUCAAGGCCCAAUUUGUGGUCUCUGAAUGAAUGGAGAUGAGUCACAAAGAGAAGUGAAAUGCCUGGCAAACAGUCAGAAGACAGGCCAAUGGAAGUGGCAGCUGUGGAGGAUGGAGGUGAUGAAGGCUUGGGAGGCCUCACGGUAGAGGAGCUGCAGCAGGGUCAGGAGGCUGCUCUGGCCUUGGAAGACAUGAUGGCUCUGAGUGCCCAGACCCUGGUCCGAACAGAGGUGGAAGAGUUGUACGAGGAAGUGCGCCCCCUGGGCCAGGGCCGGUUCGGUCGUGUCCUGCUGGUUACUCACCGCCAGAAAGGAACACCCCUGGCGCUGAAGCAGCUCCCCAAGCACUCCACUUCCCUCCGCAGCUUCCUGUAUGAGUUCUGCGUGGGCCUCUCGCUUGGCACACAUCCAGCCAUCGUGGCAGCCUAUGGCAUUGGCAUUGAGUCAGCCAAUUCCUACAGCUUCCUGACAGAGCCUGUUCUCCACGGGGACCUCAUCACCUUCAUCAAGCCCAAGGUGGGUCUCCCACAGCCAGCAGUCCAGCGCUGUGCCGCCCAACUGGCCUCUGCCCUGGAGCACAUUCACUCCCAUGGCCUGGUGUACCGGGACUUGAAGCCAGAGAAUGUGCUGGUGUGUGACCCAGCCUGCCAGCGUGUCAAACUGACAGACUUUGGCCACACCCGGCCCCGAGGGACAAUGCUCCGACUCACUGGGCCACCUAUCCCCUACACUGCCCCUGAGCUCUGUGCCCCACCCCCCCUCCCUGAGGGACUACCCAUCCAACCUGCCCUGGAUGCCUGGGCUCUGGGGGUCCUGAUCUUCUGCCUUCUUACUGGCUACUUCCCCUGGGACCAGCCCCUGGUGGAGGUUGACCCUUUCUUCGAAGACUUUCUCAUCUGGCAGGCUUCUGGCCAGCCCCAAGACCGGCCACAGCCAUGGUAUAACCUGUCACCUGCAGCAGACACUCUCCUGUGGGGGCUGCUGGAUCCUCACCCCCGGAAGCGGAACCCUGUAAGCUCCAUCAAGAGCUAUCUAGGCCAACCCUGGAAGCAGAGGGAGGAGGGGGCUGAGGAAUUGACAAAGGAGCUGAGAGAAGAUGGGUCGAGAGGAGGACAGGAGGCUGCAAAGGGAGAGCAACCUGCAUGCUGAGACCGGCUUAGCCUGAGCUGCCUGGCUGUGGCCUCUUCUCUGUUUUCAAUCUGUCUCUGAUCUGUCCUAUGUGUUAUGUGUGUCCCUCCUUUAUGCUGUGUGUGCAUCCGUAAAUGUGUGUAUGUGUGCUUAUUUGUAUAUGUGUGCACAUGUGUUUAUGCGUGUAGACAUGCAGAUAUAUGUAUCUGUGUGUAUGCACACAUAUGUGUUUCUAUGUGUGCAUGUGUUCAUGUGCGUAUAUGUAUGUGAACAUAUGUAUCUGUGUAUGCACAUAUGUGUAUGUGCAUGGCAUGUGUGUAUGUACAUGAGUGUAUGUGUAUGUGUGUGUAUACAUGUAUAUACAUGUAUCUGUGUACACACAUAUGUGUGUGCAUGGCAUGUGUGUAUGCACGUGAGUGUGUGUGUGUAUGUGUGUGGUGCUGUAUGUAAAUCAGAGGACUUUUAGGAGUCAGCCCUCUUCUUCCACCUUUGAGCCCAGCCACGGAACUGAAUUCUUGUCAGUCUUCGAGUGCCUUUACCUAUGGAAGCCGUCUUGCAGGCUCUGGUCUAUAACUCUGGAUCCUCCUGCCUCAGCUUCCUGAGUCUUGGGAUAGCAGGCAUGCACCAUGCUCAGCUGUCCUGCAUAGCUUUCGCCAUCCCACCCACCUCAGCUAGCCUUCCCCACAAACCCAGGUAAAAUGGCCACCUGCUGUGAACUUCACAAUCCUAGGCCCCUCUGUACUUCCAUGGCGUGUGCCGUACCUUUACUAACUGCUUAUUUUCUGAACCCCCAGAGGGUUGGUUUUGACCCCUGAAGGAAUGACCCUACAUCUCUGAGCAAUGCCCAGCCUGCAGCCAAUGAGUAGACACAGCUACUCAGCAUUGCUCCCCACUACUGGGCCUCUCACCCUCUUCAUCACUGUCCCCUGGCUCUCUCAUGCGGCUUCGCUCCACUCAGAGCUGCUCUGGCUUUUGUCGCUCACCCACCUGCAUGCUGGGACAGCACCUUCUGUGUGAGGUACACUUGUCCAGCUGCUCUCUGCAAAUAAAGUUCCCCAGGCAACUGAA